CGUAACCAUUCGUCUACUUCCUUAAAAUGUUUCCAAUAUAAUUUUCUGGAUUUUCAUUCUUUCGCUUUUGUUGAAUUGUCACAUAGAACUAAAGUGUUUAUAAAACUUUCUUAUGAAUAACACAGAUAAAACAUUCAGUGAGAGCGGAAAAGAAGCCGCUAGUGCCAACUAUUCUGUUCAAGCUGAAGCACCACCUGCACCAGACAUGAAACGUUCAGCAGCAAAGCAGUUGAUAGAGGUGUAUUAUUCCCAGCUUACAGACGGUUGUGGAAAUGAUCACUGUAGCAACGUUCAUUGUGCCUCCUCACCUUACUUUGAACUCAGGGGGAAAGAUUGUAAUGCUCUUGCCGUGAAAUCAAUUGAUCUCUACAAAGACAAGGCACAGCUUUGUGAACAAAACAAGAACAAGAUUCCACGUAAUGACGAACUUGUGGUUCCCGGUCCUUCUUCCCAGAAGAAGCCAGAGACUAGUGUGGUUCCAAAGACGUUAUCGCUGACAGAUGGUGUUGUACAAGAACAUGCUACUGCUUCCACUUCAAAUUCACCCCUUGGCGCAUUUCCAAAAUCAAAAACAGCAAUAGCGACAGUGACAAAAGAAACAGUAUUUUUGAACAAGGAAAAAUUAGACUCUAUUCUGGAUGAAUGUAAGGAGAUGCAUUCUUGGUCAUCACUGGUCAAAACGAUUGGUCUUGUGUUUUCCAACCCAGAUACUCUGCUCCAAAGUUUUCAGUGCAAAGAGCGGGAUGAUCAAAUGGAAGUAGAACACGAUAAGUUUAUUGAUAUACAAAAAACAAAAGCGCAGACUUCGACUCUAGGAACUAAGAUAAAUGUUGAUUUAGAUUCCCUAAGAGAGGCAUAUAGCUCACUGGUUGGCAUUCCAGAUCUGCCAUUCCAGAAUGCACUCAUUAACGCCAUAGUGUCUUUGUCAAAAGCCAUUGUGUUAGAUUUAAGGUAUAACAAACCAAUAGAGAAGUGUCAGAAUUACCUGAACAUCUUUGUGAUCAUUAUGGAGAUCCCACUUCUACAUAGCCCCGAGUUUAUUGACUCCGCCUACCCUGAGUUCUGUAAAGCCCUCGGUCGAGUACCGCUUGCAGGGCAAAGUGAACUAGCUAAGUACUGGUCAAAGUUUAGUGCAGAAAGACUUCAGGAAAUGGUGCAGUCAUUACAACAAUUGAUCACUGUGAAGUUGUGUGACGCGGAUGAAUCCCGAUGGUCAAACGGAGCUCAUUUGAAUGAUGAUGAAAUCAUCACUGGCCCAGUGCGUGUCAUGAAAAUUCUUUAUUAUGCAAGUUUAUAUGGUGGCGUCAGAGAUUCAAUUGAAAUGCUAAAAACAGAGCAAAAGAUAGUUGAAUCUGAAAAUGAACUUCAAUCAGAAUUGUUUGCUGGUGCUGGUGCUGUUGGCAUGGACAGAGAAAUCAAAGAGAUCAGGCAAGCCAAUGAAGACCCUCUAGGAAAAGAAUUGGGAGUGCGGGCUGCAGACUGCAGAAAACCUCUUGUGCCCUUUGAAGAUUUUGUAAAUGAACUACUGAAUGAGAAAAUCAGUGUAGAGACAGACUAUAAGUAUAAGCUUGAGAGUGAAGGCGAAGACAUAGCGCAUAUGGCGCAAGUAAAGUUCUCCUUUGCUAACCAUAGUUUCAUACUGAACAUGCCCUCCAAACAGAUGAGCCUGUACCUUGACAGUCGUGUCCAGAUGUACAAGGAAAGGCGGUCAUCGGUCAUUCAGACGCUCAUUCACGGAUGGGCCAUGAUGCCGUUUCUACGGUUACGAGUGUCCAGGAACUCCUUAAUCAAUGAUGCACUGGUUGCUUUGGAGAUGAUAGCCAUGGAGAACCCGGCUGACCUCCGCAAGCAGCUGUAUGUGGAGUUUGAGGGGGAGCAGGGGGUGGAUGAGGGAGGGGUGUCAAAGGAGUUCUUCCAGCUCAUUGUUGACGAAAUCUUCAAUGUGGACUUUGGGAUGUUCACCUACAACACUGACACACACACAUUCUGGUUCAACUCGAUGUCCUUCGAAAAUGACGGCCAGUUCACUCUGAUUGGCAUCGUGUUGGGUUUGGCUAUUUACAACAGCACCAUUGUGGACGUACACUUCCCGCCAGUCGUUUACCGCAAACUGGCUGGAAAACUGGGAACCUUCGCUGAUAUGAAGGAUGUUGAUCCGACGCUUGCCCAGAGCCUGCAUGAGAUGCUGGACUAUGGUGGGGAGGAUUUUGAGGACGUGUUUAUGCAAACAUUCCUCAUCAGCUACAAGGACGUUUUUGGCUCAACAAUCACUCAUGAGCUUAGAGAGAAUGGCGACUCUAUACCAGUCACGCAGGAAAACAAGAGGGUGUUUGUGGACAUGUAUGCAGACUUCAUCUUAAAUAAGUCCAUAGAGCGUCAGUUCAGGGCAUUUAGAAGGGGCUUUGCCAUGGUGACCAAUGAGAGCCCUCUAAGGACAUUGUUCAGACCAGACGAAGUGGAGCUGCUCAUUUGUGGUAGUGAGGACUAUGACUUUGUAGCCCUUGAAAAUGCCUGUGAUUAUGAUGGUGGAUUUGACAAGAACUCACAAACUAUACGAGACUUUUGGGAGGCAGUUCACAGUUUUACAGACGCUCAGAAGCGUCAGCUGGUUCAGUUUACGACGGGCACGGACCGGGUACCAGUUGGUGGGCUCUCCAAACUCAAACUGAUCAUCGCACGCAAUGGACCCGACUCCGACAGGUUACCGACAGCACACACGUGCUUCAAUGUUCUCCUGCUGCCAGACUACCAGAACAAAGACAAGCUGAAAGAGCGACUCCUCAAGGCCAUCACAUACUCGAAAGGCUUCGGGCUUCUCUGAACACACUGCGUCUGUGAUAUAUUUAACAAUUAACAUCAUGUUUCAACAGGACAAGGCUGGAAAAAACAUAUAUAGCUUUGCUUGUCCAUUGUGCAAAAUAUCUGAUUGCUUUCUUUGUCCUUUAAUGUCAAAUGUUUUAUGAUAUCAAUUAUUGAUAAGGGCUGAAUUCACAAAGCACCUAUGGGAUAUCUUAAGGGCAAAUUUCAGAUCAAAUGUGUCUUGUUCUGUGAUAUUGGGCAAAAUGCAUGUGCGUAAAGUGUUGUCCCAGAUUAGCCUGUGCAGUCUGCACAGGCUAAUCAGGGACGACACUUUCCGCUUUAAUGGUACAUGUAUUUUUCGUUUAAAUGAAGUCCUUUUUUUUACCCCAAAUCUAGUUUAAGUGAAAAGUGUCGUCCCUGAUUAGCCUGUGCGGACUGCACAGGCUUAUCUGGGACGACACUUUACGCUCAUGCAUUAUGCCCAGUUUUCUCAGAAUAUGACACAAAUUUUCUGUAAGAUAUGUGAUGAUUUUUGCUUACAAAUGGUUAAAAUAUUACUCACCAAAGUAAUAUUAACUCUUUGCUACAUAAAUAUUAUAAUAACUUAAAAAAAGCAAAUGAAGAAACUUACAGAACUUUAUGAAUUUAAGGAAUGUCCUUUAAUAUUCUGUAAGAAGCUUUGUGAUUAUGGGCCCAGAAGCUAAAUAAUGAGGGCUGCCUCUCUCUGUUUGUCUACCAUUACGUGUCCAUGGAUUUGAUAUAAAUUGAUUGAAUAAUACAACCAUGUGCUUUUAUUUUCCACUGAAGGACAGUCCUUGGUUGACAUAUUGCAACUUGACAAUUUAUAUACUGAUUCCUUUAACCAGUUCAAUUCCUUUGUCCUUGCAUAUGGCAAACUGGGCAAUAUAUGAGUUUAAUUUUGCCACCCUUGCUUUUAAGAAAUUUACAGAUAGAGUCACAAAACUUGUGCAUUGAUUUGAUGGUUUUUUGUUGUUGUUUUUGUUGACGAAAGCUAUUAAGUGUCUAUCAAAUUGUACACUAUUAUUUACACUAUUAUUUAGACGUUGUUCAUGUGCUAUUUUCUUUAUCUUUUUAUUUUAUUGAAAUGGAAAUUUUGGUUUGUGCAAAAGAGUGAUUACUUUUGCUUGAUUACAGUGCAAAUAAUUCCAAAUAUGUUAAUAAUUUAAAUGUGUACGCAUUAUUUGCAUUCAUCAUAAAUAAUAAUACAUUUUUAAGGAAAAAUUCUGUGUAAGAAACACUCUGGCCACAUAUAGCAGAACAUUCAUAUUUGCAUGAUGUGGGUCAAGCGAUUAUUCAUCUUUUCAAAAAAUGUGUUUGUCUAGUUUUGCUAACUGUAGGUUUUGCUAACUGAAGUUAAAACAUUGGUCUUGAUUUGAUUUGUGGAAAAAUAUGCCUUUUAUUAUGUUUAUUUCACUGAGAAGACUAGUUGGUUACGGUUUACUUCAAUCAUGCCAGUACAAUAAACAAACUUGCUAGAGAAAUAGUGCACUAGUAUUAAAAGCCGAGUUUGGUCAUUUAUCCAUUUCUCAUCUGUAAGUUCAGUUCACAAGGGCAACAUUUAAAAUGUUUGCCAAGUUGAAAAUGUGCGUUUUUUCCAUUAAAUGUAUGACAUGUAUUUCCAUUAAAUGUAUAAAUGCUCACUUAUCUUGCUUCUCAUAACGUACUUUGUAAAUGUUUAAUUUAGUGAUUUCUUAUAUGAUGUAUGUGUAUUAUUAAUGAGGAUUUAGGAAGGCAUGUCAGGAGCUACCCUCUCCCCUAUAGUCAUGUGAGGUUUGGUGGUCUCGGUAGCCCACAAGGUAGUUCCUUACUGUGCGAAUGCAUGGCACCGUUAAUGUACCGUUACUUGUUGAAAUAUCAAAUAUCCACUUAUUGUGUGUUUGGUUUAAUUCCAACUUAAGAUGUAUUUAUUAAUAACAUGUUACAUGCCAUGUUUAUGUUUUCAUACAGUAAAAGUAAGCUGAAGAUUUGGCUGUGCAGAAUAUCUAUGUAUUGGUUGGACUAACAUGUCACAUAUCUGAGAAUUCUUGCUAAAUGAGUUUAUUGGUAUAUAUGUUUUAAAGUAUUUUGUAUAUUUCAUUUAUAUUAUUACUCCAGAUGUAUAAGCACGUAUAGCUUUUGUACAGCCAUGCUCAAACAUUGAAUGAAGUUUAAAUUCUAACUGCAACUUUCUACCAAUUUUAAGAAUGCUAGUUUUGCUGUGUGUCUCCUCUUAAUAGCAGUUUCCUUAUUUGUCCACUCUUGAUAACAUUAACACUCUUUGUCCACUCUUGAUAACAUUUACUAGUAAACUUAUUUGUCCACUCUUGAUAACAUUUACUGUAUUUGUCCACUCUUGAUUACAGUAACCUUAUUUGUCCACUCUUGAUAAUAUUUACUGUAUUUGUCCACUCUUGAUUACAGUAACCUUAUUUGUCCACUCUUGAUAACAUUUACUGUAUUUGUCCACUCCUGAUAACAGUAACUGUAUUUUUCCACUCUUGAUAACAGUUACUGUAUUGUUCUGCUCUUGCAAACACCACUCUUAAAAUAAUUGCUUUAACCAGUUGUGAAAUAAAAUCUGAUCAUACACUCAAAAUAAACAAGUGCAAUUUUGACUGUAACUUGUUAUCACAUUGUAUAUUGGAUAUUUUGAUAAAUCUUGAUGGUUAAAUAUAUAUUUGUUCUGAUUUAAUGAUUUAUAUGAUUUAAUAGUAUUUCAAAUACUAUUAUUGUUAUAAAAUAUGUUUGUUGUGCAUUAAUAGUUUUAAUGUGAAAGAUGUAAGUGUUUUAAGAUAAAAAAGGGUGAAUAUUGUGUACAUUUUGAUAGUUUUGAUUGAAUGGUCAAUUAUGGACAUUUUCUUGUAUGAACUUUUGUACUUUUGUGUGGACUGUUAUUCUUCUGUACAGUAUAGCUAAGACGAAACAUUUUGGAACUUGCAGGUUUUUAUAAUUAUUUUAAGUAGAAUAGACCAGUGUUCCGUAUGAACCAAUUACCACUUAAAUACUUAUUUUCAGCCAUUUGUAGUCCCGUAGAAAUAUAAAUUUAAUUUAAGACUUUUCUUACUAAAUUCAAGUUUUUAAGGCUAAAUAUCCAAACCUUAGAUACUGAGGAGCAGCAAACAGCAUAAAACCUGAACAGACUGCAAGUUACUCGUAGGCUGUUCUGGUUUUAUGCUGUUUGCACAUAGCCAUUUUCACUGUGCUUCUAAGUGGGAAAGUGUUAUAUACAUGUUCCCGAUUAUUCACUAGACAUCAUUUCUAAAUUUUUCACUGGCUCAAGGUGAUUCCAGUUUCUUUAUUGGCAUCCACUAUCAUUCAAUAUACAUACCCAGAAUUAUAAAUAAUUAAGUUAAUGCCAUAUUCUUACCAUUUGUUUCACUUAAGCUAUACUGACCUGCUAUGGUUCAUGAUGAUGUACAGAUUUCCGCUUGAAAUAUUGUUAACUGCAGCCUCUAUAUGUGUAAAUGUUUAUUGUAAAAGCAUUGUCUUAACUUGUGAAAAAAAUGCCAUGUUCUAUGCAUAACUGAAAAGGAACAAUCAUUGUAAUAAGGCAUUGUUUAGUUGUGGUUUAGGACAUGUUAUUUUUUGUUUAGAUGUAUUCAUGCUUGGUGUAGUGUUCUUUGAUACUGACUGGUAACCAUUCAAAGUUGGACAUAACAGCUUCAAUUAUUCUUGCAUAAAUUCUUAAAAGAAUAUACAUAAGAACAAAUAGCAGCUUAGUACCUAUAAAAUGAAACAUGAAAAUGUAUACACAUGUAUUCACUUGUUGAUACCAAUUUUCAAGAGACCCGUAAUUGAUAAGCACGUAUAUCUACAAUUUUUUGGUUUCAUUAAUUUAGAGGUGAUCUUGACAAACUUUGCUUUAAUUCAGGUGCAUGAACGAAGCAUUGCACAGAAGCAAAAAGUGUCGUGCCUGAUUAGCCAGUGCUAAGCCAGUUUGGACUGUGGAUGCCAGAGCUCCAGAUAAGGAUUUAGUGUAAAGGGUAUUUCACCCACUGAUAUUAUUGUUAAAGCGUAUUUUACUCCUUUGUUUCAGCCAUAAAGGGUAUUUAGAGGAAUAUUUAGGGGUAUUUUCCAUUUCCAUAGAAAACUGUCAAAGUAAAUGGCAUGUUUAAUCUAGAAAUAUUAUUAUUUGUUAUUUAUAUUAUUAAAUGCAAACAGAAUGAAUUUAAAAUGAUUAUAUGAACAGACUUUGUCUAAAAAUAUUUCCGCAGGAGCCGCUGGUCGCUUAAAACGUCCCUUUUUUGAUCCACAAACAUUUUUAUUACAAGCUUAUUUUGUUUGACUUACUUUUGAUUCAAAGAUUAACACUAAAAACUCAACUGGAUGAUUGGUUAAACCGGUUAUGCACUUAAUAAAUUUAAAAUACGUACCAAGAUUGAAUUGCGUUUUGUUACAUACUGGGCGGAUUUUUAUUGCGUUGUUUUAUUUUUUCAAUGCGUAAAUAUGCAGAUACGCCUCUUAUCUGGAGCUCUGGUGCAGGCUAGACUGAGACAUCACUUCAACAUAUGCAUUAACCCAGUUUUUCCAGAGCACAACUCAAUUUUACUAUAUUACUCGCUUCCUUCUCUUAGCAUGUGUAUAUUUAAAUGUCCUUAAAAAAAACAAUAAACUAACAACAAUAUUCUGAUACAAAAUCUAUUUAAACUUAAGAUAUUAGCCAUAACUCAAAAUUACAGACACAAUUGUAAUAUUGCCAUUCUAAGCUUUAUGUGAACUUUUCAUCUUUACACCAUACCUUAGGUUAAUGUCUCAAAAUCAGUCAUUGUCAUUUCUUUUGUAUUUUUCAAGAAGGCUGCUGUGUUUAUUUUUUUGUUCCUAUGUUAUUUGCAGCUAUCACUUACUUUAAAUCCUGGCUGUUUACGUGCCAAGUGGCUUAAGUGUUCUUCACACAAUUUGCAUAAUGAAUAAUGCUGACAUAAGAAAGUUUACUACACAAUGAACAUAAUGCUUGCAUAGGAAAGUUUAAUAGUUGUUGCUCUUCUUUGAUGCAGUUUGCAAAAAUUGUUCUCAAACAUAUUGUCGAGUUCUUUUAGUUCCAUAAUUCCAUGUGUGCUGAAUUUUUUGUUUGUUCGUUGGAUACGUUUUUUUCAUAUCAACAUAAAUAUAUAUUUUUUUUAAACAAAACCUUUUUUUUUUUAAUCUGUAGAAUACUAUUAUUAUUUUAGCUUCCACUAUUUACCCAUGAAGAACUACUAUUUAUAAUGAAAUUAUUCUUAGAGGAAAAUACUGCGAUCAGAUAAUCUUAUUUUUCUACAGAAAUACAAUGUCACCAAGCCUUUAAAUACAAUGGUAAGAUACAUUUCCUCAGUUUUUGUUGAUGCUAGCCCUAUUUUAUGCUAGUGUUCAGUAUAUUGUCAUCAUCUCCAUAUCCCAUGUACACUCUAUGUUGCUGUUGCUUUUUGUGCUUUUAUUUUUGGAAACUAUGUCUUUGUUAUGUUCUUGAGUGGAAGAAAUACAUACUGUUAGUAUUAAAACAAUGAUUUA